AUGGCUCCUAACCUUCCCACUCGUCAACUUGGAAAAAAUGGUCCCCAGAUCACAGCUCUGGGAUACGGUGCCAUGGGGCUCUCCGCGUUCUAUGCACCCGCUGCACCCGAUGAGGAACGCCUGCAGUUCCUAGACUAUGUCUACACCAGCGGCAUACUCAACUGGGAUACUUCAGACGUGUACGGAGAUAGCGAAGAUCUCCUUGGGAAAUGGUUCGCCAAAACCGGGAAACGGAGUGAGAUCUUUCUUGCGACAAAGGGCGGUGCCGGUGUCGACGACGAAGGCAAAGCUCUCGUUCGGAGCGAUCCUGAGUACAUCAAAGGGGCUUGUGAUAGAAGUCUGAAGAGACUAGGUCUUGACUCUGUCGAUCUGUAUUACAUCCACCGCUUGGAUAAGGUCACUCCGAUCGAGAAGACUGUUGCUGCUAUGGUGGAGCUGAAGAACCAGGGCAAGAUCAGGUACUUGGGACUGUCAGAGUGCUCUGCAAGCACUCUCCGUCGCGCUUGCAUGGUCCACCAUAUUGCAGCAGUCCAAAUCGAAUACAAUCCUUUCAGCCUCGACAUUGAGCAAAAUGGCCUGUUGACCACGUGUCGUGAACUUGGUGUGGCAGUGGUCUGCUAUGCACCUCUUGGACGGGGCUUCCUGACAGCGCACAUUAAAUCGCCCGAUGAUUUCCCUGAAGGAGAUAUCCGUCGUUUGCUCCCGCGGUUCUCUCCAGAAAACUUCCCUCGGAACCUCAAGAUCGUGGAUGCAUUAGAGGACAUCGCUAGAGCUAAGGGGGUCAGUGUCAGCGCACUCACUCUUGCGUGGCUUUUGGCUCAGGGACAUGAUAUCAUCCCAAUCCCUGGAACAACAAAGCCUAAGAACCUGGAUACUAACAUUCAGGCUUUAUCAAUUACUCUUGCCCCAGAAGAAAACAGAAGGAUCAGAGAAGUCGUGGAAGCUGCUGGUGUCUCUGGCGGGAGAUACCAUACUGCGUAA